UUCUCCUUUGUCUCACUCCUGUCCUGACUCUCUCUCUUCUUCGCCAAACUCCUCGCUCUUGUUUCUUUUUUUGACGCGUAAAACUUCUGAAGAUCUGUGGACUGCGUCAGCCCCCCCCCUCCUUCCUCCUCUUCUUGUUCCUCCUCCGUGCGUAAUCAGCUGGACAGUUUGGAAACUUGUGAUGUGGAGAAAUCUCACUUUUCUUCCUGACACCUGUUGCUGAGUGAGGACGCAGGGGCGCACAGAGCCGUGCACACCUAGGAGGCGCGGAGCGUGUGCACCGACACUCAUCGUGUGGCUUCACUUCUUCGUGUGUGCGCCACAGUGUUGGGGACUCUCGUGGACGCGCACAGGUCCACGGUCCACCGGAGGCUGCGUUCACACAUCUACUCAUGGACUUUUUCUGAGUGUGUGUUGCGAGUUGCGCAGUAGAAGUCGUGUUUGAAGAAAGUGGACACUUGGAAGAAGUUGUGUGUGCGCUGUGCUCCAGGCUGCUUCUGCUGCUGCUGCUGCUGUGGGGUCUGUCUGAAGGGUUCCCCCCUCCUCCUUUCAAUGAAAACACCGACCUGUGUGCAGUUUCCCAGCCGGGCAGGGAGUCACACUUUUCGGACUUGAGAGCUGUGGAUGGUGGGAGGAGGACUUGUCCUUGGAGAGCUGAGGAGCAACUGGAUUUACGCACAGCAGAUCAGGUUGGGUGCUGACUACAGCAGACUUUAGGACACUGUUCGCUGACUGCACCAGCCCUAAACCACGGAGCGUAUCCCCAAACACCGGCUGUGAGGCGGUGACGCAGCGGACCAUGGACAACAGGCCUGUCCGGAGAAGGAGAACCGGUGCUGUCCGACAUCUGCUGCUGGCAGCCGCCUUCCUCGCCUGCAGCUCCCAACUGCUGGUGGUGGAUGCCAACUCGUGGUGGUCACUGGCUCUGACCCCGAUCCAGCGGCCGGAGAUGUACAUCAUCGGAGCGCAGCCUCUCUGCAGUCAGCUGUCUGGACUCUCUCAGGGCCAGAGGAAGCUCUGCCAGCUGUACCAGGACCACAUGAUCCACAUCGGGGACGGAGCCAAGACUGGAAUCAAGGAGUGCCAGUACCAGUUCAGACAGAGGAGGUGGAACUGCAGCACCGUGGACAACACAUCUGUGUUCGGACGGGUCAUGCAGAUCGGCUCCAGGGAAACGGCCUUCACCUACGCCAUUAGUGCGGCCGGCGUGGUCAACGCCAUCAGCCGGGCGUGCCGCGAGGGCGAGCUCUCCACCUGCGGCUGCAGCCGGGCCGCACGACCCCGUGACCUCCCGCGCGACUGGCUGUGGGGCGGCUGCGGCGACAACGUUCACUACGGCUACCGGUUCGCACGCGAGUUCGUGGACGCGAGGGAGAGGGAGAAGAAUUACCCACGCGGGUCGGCCGAGCACGCACGCACAAUGAUGAACGUGCAGAACAACGAAGCAGGGAGACAGGCCGUCUAUAACCUCGCCAACGUGGCCUGUAAGUGUCACGGAGUCUCAGGCUCCUGCAGCCUGAAGACCUGUUGGCUCCAGCUGGCCGACUUCAGACGCGUCGGGGAGUUUCUGAAGGAGAAGUACGACAGUGCCGCCGCCAUGCGCACCGGACGCAAGGGAAAGCUGGAGCAGGUGGACAAGCGCUUCAAUACCCCGACCCCGGAGGACCUGGUCUACAUCGACCCCAGCCCGGACUACUGCCUCCGCAAUGAGACCACGGGCUCCCUGGGCACGCUGGGCCGCCUCUGCAACAAGACCUCCGAGGGCAUGGACGGCUGCGAGCUGAUGUGCUGCGGCCGGGGCUACGACCAGUUCAAGACCUACAAGCACGAGCGCUGCCACUGCAAGUUCCACUGGUGCUGCUACGUCAAGUGCAAGCGCUGCACGACGCUCGUGGACCAGUUUGUGUGUAAAUAGCGCACAGGACGGACAGCGGGCUGAAGGACGGACGGGGGUGGAA